UUAAUAAAUUCCUAACCUAAAAACUUCGAAAAAGCUUAAUGUAGAUCUUCGUAGGGAAUCCUAAAAAUUUUUUCUUCCCCAAAAUUAUCCAUCUUCCAUCCAGAUCCCCUUAGCAGUGAAACGUUUUCAAAUUGAAACGAAUUCGAUAGCAUAUAUCGAUUCAUUAAUUUGUAUAUUUCAGAAAUUAUCCAAACCAUUUUAUGUAUUUUUUGAAAUAUUUGAUGAAUAUACAAAAAACCUUUGUAGCUACCUAAAGAAACAAUUGAAGUCUAAUAGUUUGAAGUUAUUGGCAGACCUGUCUUUCAAAUUUUGGCAAUGAACUAACAAAAUUUUCAGUUUUCAUUUGAAUUAUAAUAAUAAAAAAGAAAACAUUUCACUAAAUUAAUAAUAUGGGGGAUCAUAACUAUUUCACUGCUUUAUCACAUGCUGUUUUAGCUGGGACAAGUAUUUAUUGUCUAAUGAAACACACUUCAGACAUGGGUAUGGUUUGCUAUGGAUUAAUAGCAACAAAUUCUUUAUUGGGUUUGUGGAGAUGGGGAAACCCAGAUGCAGGAGAUACAUCUAAAUCCAUAUAUGCUCAAACAUCAAUGUGCCAAGAAAUGUUAUGUAUAGGGGCAGUGGCUGUUGAGAUUUGGAGGGCUAGUCCUUAUUUUCCCCAAUUUAGUUGGGGUGAAAUAUUACUGCCAAUAGCACCAUUAACACUUUAUUUUUUGGAUAACGACUAUCAGAAUAUAGAGAAAGGUGUAAUGGCUUUCAAUGGUGUUUCUAUAAUAUUUGUAUCUGCUAUGACGAGUAAUUAUUGGGGUGCAGCAGCAGCACUGUCUUAUUUAUUUGGCUAUUUGUAUGCUAAAGACCAAGGAUCUAUUGGAGAUAUUCCUGUCGUCGAUUUGAUAAAUUAUGAAUUGUGCUUCUUUUGUUAUUUUGCACUGAGAGGUAUGGGUGGAAAUUAAAAUUUUUUAACCUCUGCGACUAUUAUUUUAGAAAACAUAUCGAAUGUUGUAACUCCAAUGAAUAUAUUUUUGAGAGAUUAUUUACAAUAAAUUAUUUCUGCAACAUAAAAA